CCUCAUAUUUUAUUUGUAAAUUGAGUCUGUACUUUGUAUUAUAGCCAGACAAUUACCCUAGAUGUAUAGAAUAGAUGAUAAGAUAUUGAACGUGUUCGUGUUGUUUUAGUUUUACGCACUCUUGGCAGAACGAUCAGAAAUAGCCAGAACCCGUCACGUUCUGUAGUUAAGUUCACUAAUGUGGGGAAAAGUCCUUCAAUUAAACUUUAUGUACAACAUAGGGAUACUUAGCUUCUAAUUAGAACAAGUUAAUACCUUACGGUUGAUACGGAGAAGUUUCAAUACAGUUAGUUUUAUAUUAAAGAUAACGGCUCAGAAUUUGACCUUAAUCUUAUAUAAGUAGGAGCGGCGCUAUUUGUUUUAACCUAUCCUGCGUCUUUCACUAGUUUCACUGCACAAUCAAAUGAUUCCGGGUCGUUACGUAACUAAUGACGUCACAAAUGGAGGAUAAACUACAAGACGAGUGUGGUGUAUUUGGGUGCGUGGCAGCAUCUAACUGUACGACGCCGGUUGACGUAGCAAAUAUAAUUUCCAUUGGUUUGAUUGGAUUACAACACAGAGGGCAGGAAAGUGCGGGCAUUGUGACGAACAAUGCAAGCAUUGAUGACGGGAUGCGCGUACACAAAGGCAUGGGGUUGGUUAGUGCCGUGUUUAACCCAAUCAUACUUAAACAGCUGGAUGGAAACUUGGGCAUCGGUCACACACGAUAUUCUACGCAGGGGAAGUCGGAAAUAAUUAACUGCCAACCGUUCGUCGUGGACACCAAGUACGGAAAGAUUGCGGUUGCGCAUAACGGAGAACUUGUCAAUAAAUCGAAGCUUAGGAGAGAUGUGUUAGACCGAGGUGUUGGCCUAUCAACCUGCUCUGAUAGCGAACUCAUAACACAGCUAUUAUGCUUGCCUCUUGAUUCAGAAAAAUCUCUAGAACCUGAUUGGACGGGAAGAUUACGACAUUUGAUGUUGCGCACACCUGCGUCAUACUCGUUGGUUCUUCUGCACGGUGGCGCGAUUUACGCCGCCCGUGAUCCGUUCGGGAAUCGUCCUUUGUGUAUUGGUCGCUUGGAGGGUGACGUAGGAGGGAAAUCCCCUGAUACCGUCGGUUGGAUCGUGAGUUCGGAAUCGUGUGUGUUUCAAUCCACUGGCGCCGCUUACAUUGGUGACGUACAACCUGGACAAGUUGUCAAGGUUACCAACACAGGCGUGACGUAUACGACCGCUGUUAAUUCUGGCCAAUCAGCUUUCUGCAUCUUCGAAUACGUCUAUUUCGCGCGCCCUGAUUCGAUCUUUGAAGGUCAAACUGUUUAUGACGUUAGAAGACGAUGUGGCGCGCAACUAGCGCGGGAGUUCCCCGUCGAUGCUGACGUCAUCAGCACGGUUCCAGAAAGCGCGACACCCGCGGCAUUUGGGUUUUCCCGAGAGUCGGGAAUUCCCUACGACGAGGUGCUUGCUAAGAACAGAUACAUCGGGAGAACUUUCAUUCAACCAAGCACUAGGAUGAGAAAACUGGCCGUCGAGAAAAAGUUCGGGGUGUUGGUGGAAAACGUCCGCGGGAAACGAAUUGUUGUCGUCGACGAUUCGAUUGUUCGAGGAAACACGAUGGGGUCUAUUAUCCGGAUGUUACGUAGCGGUGGGGCGGCGGAAGUACACGUCAGAAUCGCCUCGCCACCGGUGAAGAAUCCGUGUUACAUGGGAAUCAACAUACCAACGCCGAAAGAACUUUUGGCGAACAAACUAAAUCUGGAGGAAACGACGAAAUUUCUUGGCGCGGAUUCGUUAGGUUAUCUCUCCGUUAAGGGGCUACUCUCGUGCGUCACAUCCGGUCGGGGUAAAUUGGUCGAAAACGGGCAUUCCCCUGAAACGAAAAGUAAUGGAUCAUGUGGUACUGGACACUGUGUUGCUUGUUUAACUGGGGAAUACCCUGUUCAGCUGGAAUGGUGAUGACGUCACAAAAAGUUGAUUGCGUCACAUAGAAUCAUAUACCAACCAAUGUCAUAUAAUGACGUGACGUCAUGUAAUGACGUCAUAACACAGCAUUAACUGUGUUGUAAAUAUUUCUGUAAACUUACAUCUCAGGUAUCGUUCGUAUGUUUUAUAUAAAAAUAAAAUAACAUUAAACUGUA